AUGGAUACCGAUAGCGAUACACCUACAAUGAGAGGAUCUGAUGAUGAUUUUCAAGAAACCGACAAAACUACAUAUGAGAAAGCAGCUCAAUUAAUUGAAAGUGAAAAAGGUGUCGAAGUUGACCUUGAACCAGAUAAAAUUGUACUUGAUAAAAAACAAGGAACAUAUCAGAUUACUAAACACCUAUAUGUAGAUAAACUUCUCUAUAAUAUUUUCCCCAUGGAAUAUCCUAUUACAACAGAAAAGGGCGUAGCGAUUAUAAUUAAUAUUGAAUAUGUUAGAUCAAGAGUAGAUGCUGAAAACUUUACCGACUUUAUACAAUAUGAUACAAAAAAAAGUUGUGAUAAUAGCGAAGUUAAUUGCUAUUUACUCAAUACUAAGGCUAAAAAAAUAUCUUUAAAUUGUCAAGGUGUUAAACCCAAGUCAAUGAAUCCGCAUAUGUCAAAUAUGAUGCUUGAGUUAACAUCAAUUAAUUUACCUUUUGGUCCCUAUAUCAAUAUUACUGCUGAUAAAUUACUAAGCGAUAAUUUUAUAAGAACUGUUAUUGGUGAUAAAGAUUUUCAAGAAAUCCAAAAUUCUUUAACUGACGAGAAUGAGCUUAGAAAAGAAAUUCAAAACAGCAAAUAUUCAAAAGAUAACCAAAAUCUUAUGGAAGAGUUAUUAGAUGCGCCUUAUGAAAAUAUAGCUCAAAUAUUUAAAUCAUUAAAAUAUUGGGUUGAUUUUUAUGGAGCUAAUUGGGUAACGGCCUUAUUAAACCCUUCAAAAUCACAAAUAAAUAAUAAAAUAUGGAAUUCAGCACCAGAUUUUACAGCGAAAUUAUGUAGUGAAAAUGCCUAUCAUGAAGGAAAUAUGACUUUACUUGAUGCAAUUAUAAAAGCAAGAGAAUAUGAUAAGCAACAACAUUCUAAUACAUAUAAUAAUAAUAAGAAAUCUAAUAUUGAAACUCAAAUCAAUUUUUCACAAGAAAUUUAUAUUCAAACUCAAGAAAUUCAAGAAAAUAAUGAUUUCAAAAAAAGAAAAGUAGAAAAGCAAGGUGAUAAUUCAGAAAUGGAUAUAGAUGUAGAUUAUAAAAUCAAUGAAAUAGAUGAAGAAAUG